GGGGCACAUUACGUCGCACGCGCGGCAACCUAGCUGGCAUGCAGGGGACAUUGGGCGAGGCGGCGCUGGAUUUGGAGCAGCUACAAUCGACAAUCGAACUGAACGGACGCUUCGCCAACACCACCAAGCACCGAUCCACCAUUUCAAGGCCGCCACUACCACGCCAGCUCCCUGCAACGUGCCGAAUCAAAUCUUCCUGACGCACUGGUCCGCAACAAGCCUGCCGUACCGACCAUCUCAGAAUUGCAACUUGGGCUCCCGUCACCAUGGCGCAGGGGGACUCGGAGAGGCUGCGCGAGGCUCAGAAGCUCGCCAAGUCGGAUCCGCGCAAGGCAGAGGAAAUCUACAAGGACAUCAUCUCGAAGCCCCCAUCCGUGACAUCCGAAGCCGCCAUCAGGGAAUACGAAACCGCCCUCGUCAGCCUGGGGGAGCUGUACCGCGAUCAGAAGAACACAGAUGAGCUCGUGGGCUUGGUAACAAAGAGCAGGACAGUCUUGUCCUCGUUCGCAAAGGCAAAGACGGCCAAGCUGGUCCGCCAACUUCUCGGCCUCUUUGAAGCCAUCCCCAACUCUCUCGACAUCCAGAUCUCCGUCACAAAAUCCUGUAUAGAAUGGGCCACGUCGGAGCGCCGGAGCUUCCUCCGGCAGAACCUCGAGACGCGCCUCGUGACGCUGUACAUGGCCAAGCAGUCCUACUACGACGCGCUGACGCUGAUCAACGGCCUCCUGCGCGAGCUCAAGCGCAUGGACGACAAGCUGGUGCUGGUGGAAGUGCAGCUGCUCGAGUCGCGCGUCUACCACGCGCUGGGGAACAUCCCCAAGGCCCGCGCCGCGCUGACCAGCGCCCGCACGUCGGCCGCCUCAGUCUACACCCCGCCGCUCCUGCAAGCCAACCUCGACAUGCAGUCGGGCAUGCUGCACGCCGAGGACAAGGACUUCCAGACCGCCUACAGCUACUUCAUCGAGGCGCUCGACGGCUACCACACGCAGGACGAGCCGGCGCGCGCCCAGGCCGCGCUGCAGUACAUGCUGCUGUGCAAGAUCAUGCUGAACCUGGUCGACGACGUCAACCAGCUGAUGACCUCCAAGCAGGCGCUCAAGUACGCCGGCCAGUCGCUCGAGGCCAUGAAGGCGAUCGCGCGGGCGCACGCGAACCGGUCGCUCGAGGAGUACGAGCGCGCGCUGGCGGCGUACAAGUACGAGCUGGGCAGCGACGCCUUCAUCCGCAACCACCUGCGGCGCCUGUACGACGCCAUGCUGGAGCAGAACCUGAUUAAGGUGAUCGAGCCCUUCAGCCGCGUCGAGAUCGACCACAUCGCCAAGAUGGUCGGCCUCGACACCCAGCAGGUCGAGCGCAAGCUGUCGCAGAUGAUCCUCGACAAGGUCAUCAUCGGCGUGCUCGACCAGGGCGCCGGCUGCCUCAUCAUCUACGACGAGACCCAGCGGGACGAGGCCUACGACGCGGCCCUGGCCACCAUCGAGAAACUGAGCAACGUGGUCGACGUGCUCUACAUGAACCAGGCCUCGCUGCUGGAGUGAGACGGCGGGGUGUCCGGGGGGUGUGUAUGGGUGGGCUUGGAAGUUGUAAUUACUACGCAGAAAACCAGUCACAGGUACUACACUACACACGCUGCGCAGAACCCCUAGAAUAGCUGGCGUGAAUGAGAAACCCGUGCAACAUUUCCGCUGGUAUCAAGCCUAAAUCUGUUUGUCUCCCCCAUGACCCAUUCAAACCGCCAUCCGUACUCCAAUUCACACACAAAAGCCC